GCGAGGAAGUGGUUGUGGUCUGGGCCUGGCAGGGCCAUGGAGUUCUCCAGGCAGCUCUAUGCAAUCAGCGAGGCGCUGGACAGGGCUGAGCUGGCGGCUCUGAAGUUUCUCAGCUUGGAGCACGUCCCUGUGAGGAAGCAGGAAGCCAUCGAGGAGCCCAAGGCCUUCUUCCAGGUGCUGCUGGAGAAAGGCAUGAUUGAGGCGGGGGACUUGGCCUUCCUGCGGGAGCUGCUCUACCGGAUCAAUCGGAUGGACCUCCUGGCUGCCCAGCUGGGCUCCAGCCGAGAGGCGAUGGAGAGGGAGCUUCAGAUCCCAGGCAGGGCACGGGUGUCGCAGUUCAGGUACCUACUCUUUCAGCUGUCAGAAAACAUCACGAAAGAGGAGAUGAAGUGUUUCAAAUUUCUUUUGGGGAAAGAAUUACCAAAAUGCAAGCUAAGCCCUGAAACUACAAUGCUCGACGUUUUCAUUGAGAUGGAGAAGAAGGGGAUUUUGGGAGAAGACAACCUUACUGUCCUGAAGACUCUUUGUGAAAAAAUUGACAAGAGCCUGUUGAAGAAAAUUGAAGAAUAUGAAUUAAACCUAUUUGGUGAAGAAGAGAUGCUUGUAACAGAAGGACAGAGGAGCAGCACAGAAGUCACUGAAGCCUGUCCCAGAUUGCUGGCAUCAUCUGUGGCACGUGAUUCUCCUGGCAGUUGUGAUCAGUCUUCCCAGCUUGAAGCUUACAAAAUGACAAGCCGACCCCGUGGAGUAUGCCUGAUCCUGAAUAAUCACAAUUUUGCAAAAGCCAGGAAAGCAGUGCCAGAACUCAAAAAGAUGAAUGAUCGGAACGGGACAGACGUAGAUGCAGCUGCUCUGAGCAAAGUCUUCGGCACCCUUCAUUUUAUAAUAAAAGAAUAUAAAGACCUCACUGCAGAAGAAAUCCGUAAGAUUGUGAACAUCUACCGGUGCCAAGAUCACAAUGACAAAGACUGUUUUGUUUGCUGUGUUCUCUCUCAUGGAAAAAAAGGCGUUAUAUAUGGUGUUGAUGGACAGGAAGUACGUAUCCAGGAACUGACCACUUCUUUCACUGGGCAGAAUUGCCACUCACUUGCUGGAAAACCAAAAGUCUUCUUUGUUCAGGCAUGCCAAGGUGAUGCUCGUCAGAAAGGUGUAACCAUUGAAACAGAUUCUGGGGAGCAAGAUUCUUCUCUAGAAGCAGAUGCAAGAUUUCAGCUUGAGUGUAUUCCCUCAGAGGCAGACUUCCUCUUGGGCAUGGCUACCUUGCAAGACUAUGUUUCCUAUAGAAGCUCAAGCCAGGGAAGCUGGUACAUACAGUCACUAUGCCAGCACUUGGAGAACAGCUGUCCUCGAGGAGAAGAUAUUCUCACCAUCCUGACAGCUGUGAAUCAAGAGGUGAGCAGAAAGAUUGACAAACAGAAUGCAGCGAAGCAGAUGCCGCAGCCCAGUUUCACACUGAGGAAAAAGCUCAUCUUUCCUGUCAACUAAAUGAGAGAGAACUGCAGAGCAAGAGGAGCUGCAGCAGCCUUAAACAGCUGGUAUCAGCUAAGAAUUUGGUAAAACAUAACAGACUUUCAGUGUCUACUGGUAGCACAAAUGCAACUGUUUUUAUUGAUAAUAGACAAGGAGCAAAAGUCUUAAGAACUUAGUAUUAAUUUGUGUGACACUUUAUACCUGAGAGCAUCUCCCCUGGUCUCGAAUUUGUCGUUUGCUAGCAUAAAAUACACUCAGGGUCCUUUCAGCUGUACCACAAUUGCUGUUUCUUUAUUAAGAUAUAUUGCAAAUGCAAGUUUAAGAAGACAAGUUAUAAAGCCUUGUGUAUUUUAUACUUACUUUUCUAAAAUAAAAGGGGGGGGGCUGCCAAUUUUACAGGAUA